ACCAAAAACACACAGACACAUAGACUCACGGCCAAAGUUAAACGUCAGGAAGAAAACGGGAGAAAGCGCAUGUAUCGGAAUUUUUUUAGUUGAUACGCAACAUUCGAUGAAAACGGUUCCUAAAAGCGCUCUAAAGCGCGUCCUAACGCGUUUCGUGUGGCACAUCCCAAAUUAGUGGUGUUGGUGUUUUGUUGUUGGUUCCAGUGCCAGAAAAGAAAGAAAAUGAUGCAAGCAAUCUAAGGAAUAAUGUGAAGAAUUAUAAAAUUCCACGAAUUGAGCAAAUGAAAAAUGUAAAUUAAAGUGUAUAAAAAUGAAACGAAAGUGAUGAAGAAAGAAAAAUAAACAUGAAAGAACGCAAGAAAGUGAAAGAAAAAACAAAAAACAUGACCAUAAAACAACAAACAAUGUUUUAAAUCCAAACCAAAAAAUAAUAACCCCCAAAGGACAAAAUCAAUCAUUUGUGUAACUACGCCACUGUUUCCCAUCAACCGGCAACAUAACGGAGUCUAAUCCUUGUCUCUGUUUGGGCGAGUGCGGGGCGCAAUUGAAAUCGUUCAGAAUGUUUGGUUGUAUUUAUCAAUUAUGGGAUUGGUUAGAAGCGCCCCCGCUGUUUUCAGCGGCCACCAUGGACGCCAAGAAAUUGCAACAGCUACAACAAUCACAAAAUGUUCAAAAGAAAAUACCAUUGGCCUAUCAAACUAACAUAGCCGACUAUCGGACCGCCACCCAUUCACCAGUCUUCCAGCAGCAACAACAACAGCAUCAUCAUCAACAGCAACAUGGCAACUAUCACAUGUCCAGUGCUCAUAUGAACAGUGGUAGUGCCGGUCAUUAUCAGCAAAGUCCCACAACAACUUCAUCGAGUGGUGGCGGACCGCUCUCACCCAUUGACAUCCAGCCACAGGCCAGCAAAUUGCUGCUGAAGCAUCAAUUGCAAAAUUCUGGCAGCGGUGGCAGUUCCAUUCAAAGUUCACCAUAUCAUCAGGCCUCGAUAUCAUCGGGCUAUCCCACCAGCAGUGGUGGCGGCACGGAUCAGCUGUAUCAAUCUCCACCGGAGCGUACAUAUAUGCAAGCUGCCGGCCGAUUGGGAUCAAGCAAUGCAACGUCGAUGGCCUUGCAGCAGCAAUAUCAGCAAAUGCAACAGGCUAAGUUACAGGCCCAGAUAGCUUCCCAAAAUGAGGCCAUACAACAACAGCAACAGAGAAAUUUUGCCAUGCGUCAAGCCAUGAAUUCAGCUGUGCCACAGGGUCACUAUCACAUGUCACAACAACAGCAGCAGCAGCAACAACAGUCAACGGCAUCACAACAACAGCAUCGGGCACCACCAUCUUCAUUGAAUUUAACCAAUCAAUUUCAGCCAGCCUCAGGACCCCUGAAGGUCAAUCAGCAAAAUUCACAAAAAUCCUCCCAGCAAUAUCAGCAACAACAACAGCAGCAGCAACAGCAACAACAACAACAGCAGCAGCAGCAGCAGGAACAAAUCUAUGGUCAUCACCAACACUCCCAACACUCAGCCCAGCCAGUGUUCCAACAAAUGCAUCAUCAUGCCUUGCAACAUCGUUCCAAAUCCGACUUACAAACACCCGGCAGCAAUGACCAGAGUCCAAUCUACAUCCAACAAAAUCAUCCUGGCCAUGUGGUCAAUCAGGCAGUGCAAACACAAAUAUCCACAGUGGCCAAGGCCACAACCAUAACAAAAACACCCAGCUCAGAAGAUUCCUCAUCGGCCUCGGCCAAAAGUCCCACACAUGCUCCAUUGGAUCGCAAAAAAUCAGCUGGCAGCUCUAACUCUCAAGCGCAGGCUUUGAAAUCGCCCAUAACCAAGAGGCCACCCAACUCGCCGGUUACCAUUUCUGGUUGGCUGUACAAACAGGGAUCGGAUGGCCUUAAGGUCUGGCGCAAACGUUGGUUUGUAUUGGCCGAAUACUGUCUCUACUACUACAAAAGUCCCGACGAGGAAAAAGUCUUGGGUUCGAUUCUCUUGCCCUCCUACAAGGUGUCGGCCUGCUUGCCAGAGGAUAAGAUCUAUCGGAAAUUUGCUUUCAAAUGUGAGCAUCAAAACAUGCGCACCUAUUGGUUGGCAGCCGAAAAUGCCGAGUCCAUGGUUCAAUGGGUUAGGGCUUUAAGUGCCGCCACCAUGAUGCAAGCCCAUGGCAGUGCCGGGGAUUCAUCGGAACAUCCCAGUGGUUCAUCGUCGGUCAAUCACAGUGGUGAAAAUUCCGAUUCUGGUAUUAAUACCCUACAAAGUAAAAUGUCUGGCCAGGGCCAGGUAACACCAGCUUCAGAUAAUGGCGGUGGUGUUACGGCAUCCAGCAGCAAUAGCGGAGGAGGAGCUCAGCCUUUGUAUGCCAAUGCUCCACCCAAACCAAGGCGCAUUACAGACGGUGGUUAUUCCUCACCAUCUCCCGAACAUUCAGUCGAUAAUGAACGUACCCGAUCGAGUCAACCACAAACGACUAGUCGCCGAAGCGGUAUCAUGUCACCCACAUUGCAACAAAUGCAACAACAUCAAUAUCAACAGCAGCAGCAACAACAACAACAACAACGAUCACAACACCAUGCCAUUUAUGACACCCGAACGGGUAAUGUUUCAUCAGCCAUACGUAUACCCCAGGGCCAGGCGAACUACAAUUUGGAUAAUCUGGAAUCCCAAUAUCAACAACAACUAACACUGAGUCCCGAAGAGUAUCCCUCCUCGCCCCUCGGCAGUCCUUCCCAGUAUAUGGAUGCUCAAAUGGAGCAGCAAAUUAUGCAGCUGCAACAACAACGUAUGGCCGUCGAUGAUAUCUAUGGCGAACGUGAAUUGUAUAUGCAACGUUUAAUUCAGCAACGUUAUCCUCCAAACAUGGCCGGUUACGGAGCUGCGGAGCGUAGAACUCCCGAUGCUUAUGGCCGUUCGAAGAAUCGUCUAUUCUCCGACUAUGAAGAUAUUUAUAAUUUGACAGCGGCUGAGACAGCAGCCCAGGCAGCUCUACUACAGGAGGCGGCGAGUUAUCGCCGACCAUUGUCACCGCCCAGCUAUGAAGAUAAUAAAUAUUUGCCAACAGUUCCAUCUCGCUACACACCCAAUCAUUUGGAGCUCUCCGCUGUCGGUAGCAAUCUUAAUUUACGCUCCAGACCUACAGCCGGCCUGGUAAGACCACACUCCGCUGAUUUCCUGGAAUAUGAAGCCCGUGCUGAGGCCGCCUCUGAUGCUGCUGCUGUUGCAGCUGCUACAGCAAUGAUCAAACCUGAUCCAGUUCGAGCCCCUCGUCCCAAGUCAAGUUUGGACAUCAAUCGCACCCCCGAUAGUUUCUACUAUUCCGAAGAGAACUAUGCCGAGAAAAUGCGCAAGAGUGCAUUGUAUUUGCAAAAUCCACAAGCCCAACCGCAACCGGCGGCUGGGUCAUACCGCAUGGCAACAGGCUCUACCGAUUUCCUUAGCCCUGUGGCCAGCGGCAUGAAUACCAUUGCCUAUGAGAAUCCAUACGAGCGGAUCUAUAAGCGUAACGAAUUGUUGCAAGAUGCUUUAGGUAAUCAAGCAGGUCAUACUAGCAUACCACGUAUGAGUCGUUCACAGACCAUGGGCAAUGGGGCCCAGAUUCGUUCAUCAUCCACUCACCCACAUCAUCCACUUUCACCAACGGGCACAACAUAUCCGCAACAGCCACCACCGCUGCAUACGCCAUUACUUUCAUCCGGUCUCACGACACAAGAAAUUAUCCAACAAAAUGAACAGUUCCUACGUUCAGCUAGUGCUCGCUUACCUAAACGUUCAUCCACAUUUGAUGAUGAACCACUAUCUACGACCACAACCACUACAACACCAACCUCUCCUCCUCCUCCAUCCACAGGCACAACAGCAGCAACAACUCCAACUGCAAAUGGCAGCAACUCGGCUGCCGCCACCUCGGCCCACUUGGAGGGCGAGCGUAAGCGAGAAGAGUCCAUGAAACGUUUGCUGGAAUGGAAGCAACGUAUGCUGCAAUCACCAUUAACACGUAAAUCAGCCCAGCAUGUUUCGAAUUCGGCCAGUGCAGCCACACUGGUAGGCCAGAAGACAAAUGGCAGUUCGGCCACGUCCAGCGCUGCCACUAAAUUGGGCAGCAAUAAUGAUGGCAAUGGCAAGCCUAGUUCCAGUUCAAAUUUAACUGCUAUGUCUAAAUUGGGAAGCAAUCCCAACAUCCUGUUAACCUCGACCACUGUGGCCAGUGGCAUCCAUCUGGGUGGUGGUGGGCCAAAAGGUAGUACAAGCAUGGCUGGUGGCAGCACAGCUGGUAUUAUACAACGUCGACGCUCGGAAAGUCAGGCCAUAAGUGGUACGACAGCAACGGCAGCUGGUUAUAAUUCCUAUUCCUCGGAUGAUGAAGCAUCCAUAUCGGUGCGCAAUGUCAAAAACUUACCCAUUGGAAAUCUAACGGUAAAACCAGAUCCAUCGGAUACCCUGUUGCAUCGCCAAAUGGACCUCUACGAUUAUGAACAAAUGCAGCAAUUGGAAAAUUCCUACUAUGGCACCUCGCAGGACAUGAAAUAUGCCAAGACGACAAUGUUAAAUGAUCGUAGCCUGGGCGGUCUAGGUGGUACUUUAAGUGGUAGCAGCUAUGGCAUUGGUGGUGGUGGCGGCGGCGUCGGCGGUGGUUAUCUGACCUCAACCCCACUGCAUGCUAGCAAUAGUAACAUUGGUUUAGGCCUUGAUUAUUUGGGUAAUCUCGAUACAACGGCGGGACAUAAUAUUUAUGACAUGCAUAAUCAGUACCAGCAACAAUUACAUCGCAUGUACCAACAGCAACAGUUGCAGCAACAAAUGGCCUCGGCUGCAUAUCCGAUGCGACGCUAUGGCAGUCGUGCUGAAAUUGAUAUUUUAGAGCGUGAAACAAGUUCACAAAUAAGGAACUUGGAUGUUUCUGCUGGCGAUUUAUUGAGUCGAACCCAUGAAGAAUUGGUUUUAUUGCUCAUACAGUUGAGACGUCAAAACAGCAAUACAGCUCGAGCCAUUGAGCAGUGUUGUUCUGAUAUUCACGAUGUUCAGAACCGUUUGCUAACUGCUGAAGGCUUAACACGAGCUGAAAGCAUACAGCGUCUGGAUUAUUUGAAACAACAUUUGCUUGACUUGGAAAGACAAUAUGAAAAGAGUAAACCACUGGUAAACCUAGUCGACAAUAUGGUUAAAUUGGGUUCUCUAUAUCGCAACGAUGCUUUGGGUAGAACAUCAACAACAGCAAUAACACCACGAACCGAUCCAGUGUCAUUGGAACGUUUGGAAUUCAAUCAGAGAAUACAAGAGAAACGUUUGCUGCAGGAGGAACAACAACAAUGGGAUCGUUUGGAACCGGAUAAUAAUGAAUUACAGUCGAAAGUUGCUCAACUUUAUCAUUUAGAUCAAUUACUGCAAGAAGAAUCGGGCACUCUGCAGAGUUUACAGCGUGACAAAGAAGACUUGGAGAGGGCUCUGGGUGGAAUCAAGGCACGCAUUCAAGAUACCCGCGAAACACCCAUGGCAUUGGAGGCGGCCAAAAAGCAACAACAUUUAUUGGAACGUGAAUUAUCACGAGUCCAUCAGUUGCUGGCCGAGAAUUCUAAGGUAGCUGAGAAACUUGAAAUGACCGUAGCUGGUAAUACACGCCUCGAACAGGAACUAUUAAUUCUAAGGCAAAAACUAACCCGUGGCAGCCAAGUGAAAAUAUCCGAUACCUAUGCCAGCAAUACAACAGCCAUGUUGGAGUCCGAAUUGAAACGCGUACAGAAUCUAGUCGGUGAUAUGCAACGACAACGUCAGGAAUUGAGUCAGGCUGUAAAGCAACUAACCGAAAACUCCACUAAGUUAUAUCAGGAGAUCGGCAAUAAAGAUUACCUGAGAAAUGCAGAACCGAACAGCGGUAGCAGCAGUUCCGGAGGAAAUGGCAGCAGCUCUGGUGGAGGUAGUAUAAAAAAGCGUACCAAUUCAGGUUGCUGGUUCGAAACUGAUUUGGAUUCCAUGACAAGUGUCAAUCGUGGUCUUAGCGAUUCGAGCAUGAAUCUGUCGACACCAUUAUUUGUCGACACAAACAAUACCAGCGGCCAUUUAUUAAAUAGUUCCUCGACAUCUAGCAAAUUGAGUGAUUACAAUACCGGUGAUAGUAUGCAAAAUGAGUCACAUCGUCGCGGAGGCUCAUCUGCCGCCUCGUAUCGUUACAAUGAUUCUAGUGAUAAUCUAGAAACUAGUGGUGUGGACAGUGAUGGCUUCUUGGAAUCGAAUCCCUUUGCCAAUCUGUCACAGCAAGAAAAGCAAGAAAUAAAAACCGUACGUAUUGUUAAACGCGAAUCGGAACGUAGACAUCGUGAUCGUAGUGAACGUUCGGGUCUUAGUAAUUCGACACAAAAUCUCGAUCAAGUCAUGGAAGAAGAACAGUAUGGCCUAAUGAACGGUAGCCUGGCAGCUGCUGGUGGUAACUAUCACAGUGAAGAGUAUAAACCAAAUGAAAGAUCCAAAUCAUUGCCACGUACAUACAGCGAACCACCCAAAUCAUCCAGACAUCAUCAUCGUCAUAAGCAUGGCAGUACCAAUAGUCAUCAUAAUACUGCAUCUUCAUCGUCAUCCUCUGCCAAUAAUGCAUCUUCUUCUUCUUCAGCGGCCUAUCAUUCGACCUAUAAGAAUGACUACUAUGGCGGUCAUAAUGGUCAUGCCGCCGCGGCUGUAUCCGUAUCUAAUGGUUAUGAUAAGAAUAGUAACUAUUCCCAUCAAAAUCAUGCUGCAGCUUCGAAUAAUGGUCAUGGUUCAGCUUCUGCUCGCGAACAUUUAAAUCCUCUAGCUAAUGCCUAUUUCGCCAAACAAAUGCAACAGGGGGGUCAUUCCACAACAACUACCACUAUCGCCACAUCUUCUUCCUCUUCUUCUUCUAAUCAUCAUUAUAGCACCACUAGCACUUCUUCCCAUUCACGUCAUUCAUCUCAGAGUGCUUUGCGUCAGAAAACCGAUUCUCAGCAAAGCCUCAACAAAAGUCUUAGCGAUUUAACGCCAUCGUUCCAAAGUGAAGUGGCUAGACAAAUAAUGAAUGAAAUGUCUGCAGGCUCAGCAUCGGAGGAUACAGAGAAAAUUGUUGAAAAGGUGCCAUCACAACACAAACAUCGUCGAGCCGUUCCCAAGGAGAAGCGAAGACACUACACAGCUCCUAAUAAUGUGGUGAAUGUUAAAUCGGCCGAAAAUGGUCAUUCGGAGAAUGAUAUGAAUAAAAAUAAUACAAAUUGGCGUGCCCGUGACGAUUUAGAUAUGGAAGUGGCAUUACGUCCCCGCAUCAAUGCUCCCGAUGUUGUACGAUCAGCACUGCGACAUGGCGAAAAAAUAUCGGAAAAUACAAUUGAUAAUUUAUUAUUGGCUCCCAAUAAGAUUGUUAUACCAGAACGUUAUAUUCCUGAAACGACGCCUGAAUUAUCACCCGAAGAGAAGAAACGUAGACAAGAAAAAGUGGAAUCGAUUAAGAAGAUGCUAUCGGAAGCUCCAAUAGCUGCAAAUGACACGGCAGCUAGUCUACCACCCAGUAAAAUAAAUGAGGAAAAGAAACAACGUGAACAUCUGCUACAAAUGAAUCAAAUUUUGGCCCAGCAAGUGAUGCAAAUGAGUAAAAUAGUGGCGGAAAAAGCGAUGUCAAAAAAUGGCAAUGGCGAAAAGGAUGACGAAGGCAAUAGCCAAGAUACAAUGUCACAGCGUGGCAAUUCAGAUGAUGAUGAUGGUCGUAAAUCGGAAUCGCCUAGCGAACCACUGCCUAUACACCAGAAACGAGAUAAUUUCUAUUCAUAAAAAAAGACAACUAAACCUUUCCAUGCCUCAAUCCACUGCAAGAAAACAAAAAUAGCUCUUAUGGUCACACAAACACACAUACAUGAGUAUCAAAUACGCAACAAUUUUAAAGAAAAACAAAACCAGAAAUAUUUAUUUUAACAAUGCAGAACAGAAGCUCUGAACAAAACUACAAAAUGUAAACAAUUAAUGCAUUUAUCUUAAGUAAUGAAAUAACACAAAAGAAAACAACUACAAAAAACUGCUACGAGUAUAUAACUUGGAAUAUCAUAAUCGUUAUACUUCUACAUAUACAAAAUAUAACAAUUUCUUUAUUUUGGAAAAUAGAUUUAUUUACUAAGACUUAAUGUGAAACAAGAAUAUAUAUGCUGUAUUUAUAUUUUCUAUUAAAUGACAUUAAAUCAAUCGAAUUUUAGAAAAUCAUGUUGGAUAUUUUUUAUGUUGCACAAAAAAAUGUAAACAUUUUUCAAGAAGGCUAUUCAGUUUCUAACCAGAAUUGUUAUGCAAAAAACCUUUUCUUAAAGUGCAAUUUCAAGAGCAUUGAAUUUAUAAAAGAUAUUUUAUAAAAGUAUUAUUAGCGUAUCACAAUUGGACUAUUUUUUUUCAAAUUUAGUACGGUCCUGGCACUGAAUUAAUCGAUUUACUGACCAGAUAUCUUCUAUUCCUUUGCUGUAUUUGUAAAAAUGAAGACCAAUGUAAUUGUUAGACUAAAGUGAAUUCAGUAUUUAUUCAAUGAGUGGUAUAUCAAACUACUAGCGAGCAGAAAGUGGACUCUCAACUAAACUCGGGUGUCGGUAGGCAAAAUAUGCGUACUUCCAUAAGCAAUUAAAAAAAAAUAGCUUUGCAAUAUCAAAUAACUAAAAAAAGCCAAGUGACUUAUACCUUUUGCCGGUAUGAAAUCAUAAUGUUGGUAGCGAACAGCAAAUAUUGCAAAGCUAGAAAACAUUGAGUAUAAUCAGAAGUUAAGCCAAUGGUCGAACACUACAGUCUUAAGCAACCAACUGAUUGAAUCUUCAGCAGUAAUAUAACAAUUUUCUAAAAAUAUUGCCAUUUCGGCAGAAGGUUUUGUAGCUGCAACUACGGCGGUGUCUCAUAUCUAACUCGUAUUAACCGUUUUUUAUACCCUACAGCACAUAGUGGUAAGGGUAUUAUGUCUUUGUGCAUUUACAUGGAGAAAGAAGCGAGAUAGACCUAUAGUUAUUUAUGAGGAUUUUCAUAGAAUCACUUUCUGAGUCGAUUUAUGCUGUCAGUCCGUCCAUUUAUUCCUGUGAAUAAAAUGCAGUUUGUUUGGCCCAAAGACGAAUCCUAUUAAAAUUGGUGAUAAUCGGAUCAGAUUUAGCUAUAGCUCCCAUAUAUCUUCAAUCGACUUGGGGAUAAUUGUCCACCAAAUGGCUAAUAUAAGUCCAAAUGGCCUAUAUUUUGGUACAUCCCAUUGAAUUCAGUCUAGAAGCAAGUACAUUAAAUUUGGAUUGGUUCAGGUAUAGCUAUAGCUCCCAUAUAUAUGUCUCAUCCGAUUUGGUGUUUAAGUCCCACACAUUCGUUAUAUGCAUUCGACAACAAUGAUAUUUGGUACCAUGGUACAAUGAAGAGAAGGUAGGCCAACUUUGAAAAAAUUGCAAGUAUAGAGGUCUACCUGUUUGGCUUGUAAUGUCGGAAUUAGUAUCAAAAUAAUAAAAAAAUCAAACAACUUGUUGCAUUUAUUUUGAAUAAAUAAUUGAAAACCGCGAAAACUGAAUGAAAGGUCAACACUUCUUUUCAAAACCAGGUUCUAUAUAUCUCUAAAGGAUUAUUUCGCUACAAAAACUCUAGAUUUUGUCGAUGCAUACGAUGAAAUAAACAUUUUGAAAACAUCCGAAUUUGAAUGUUUUCUGAACAAUUUUUUUGUUAUUGAAAAAAAAAAACACAUACAUAAACAAAUAAAUAUGACAUAUCAAGCCAAGAAAAUAAAAAAAUUGAAAUCAUAUGGUAUCAUAGCCCGACCUUGAUAUCAUAGUACCAUGUUUGGUACUAGAUAUCUUAUAAAAUACGGUCUGUGCCAAAUUUUAUCGAGAUCUUUAUAGCUCCCAUAUAUAUCCUUAAUCCGAUUUCAGGUUUAUUGUGCAAAGAAUGGCUAAUAGCAGCCCUGAUGGAGUGCAUUUCGGGGCGUACGUUUCCAUUUUGUACAACUCGGCUCCGAUAUAUAUUUUUUAAUAUAAUCCUUCUCCAAGAGAUAUCAUGCAAACUAUAACUGCUCUAAAGCCAAAUGUUGAUAGGUGGUAUGAUCUACUUGAACUAAAUUAUUUUGUUACGGGAGCUCUAGUUAAUAUGCAUAAUGGUGCAGAUUAUCAUAUAGUCGGCCCCGGCCGACUUUUGACUUUUCCUUGCUGGUUUAUCUGUUCAACUUAUUUGUUAUUUUUCACAAUAAAAGUUAUGUGAGCUAAUGAAUGUAUGUGUACAUAUCUAGCCACAUUCUCUGGCGUUCAUUACAACUCACCGGUAAUUAUAAUCUUUAGAAAUGUUUUCAAAGUGAAAGGAAACCAGUGCGAUCCUUAUAAUUAAAUUUCCUGAAAUUGCAUUUAAACUGAGCACAAAUCUCCGGAUUUUGAGUUCCGAUUUCGUUCCAUCCCAACAAUAUAAAGUAUAUCCACACAUGUUUCUAACACUAAAAGCAUUGAAUAUUUCUUUCCAAAACUUAAUUGAGACUUCCUGAAACAAAAAAAUAGCGCAACAUACAUAUUUCCACACACACACAACUUACAAUCAAUGAAACCUAAGAAGAAAAAAAAAUAAAACAUGUAAAAUGAAGCUUAAUUGACUGAUAAUAUUAUUUUAAAUGAAAAUGAAGAAAACAAACCUAAAAAUCAAAGACUAAGAGAAUUAGCAUUAAUUUCUGUGUAUGAAAAUGGUCAACCAAUGAUUGCUUUUGAGAAUUGUUAUUUCCCAAAAAAAGACUAAAACAAAUUGAAGUUAAAAAUACUUUGUAAAAUUGCUACAUCUUUAUUAAAAAAGAAAUACACAAAACUGUAGCAACCAAAAAAAUUGUCAUAUGAGAAACUUAUAAAAAAAUAAAUUAUAACAAAAAUGCAUAUGAUGAGACACUUUCAAAAAUAACAACCAAACAAAACAUUUGCAAAACAAAAAUUUCAACAUAUCAUUAUAUUCAUAAAAAUUCAUUAGCGAAAUAAGUAACAUAAAACAUUUAAAAACAUAUUUAUUAACAAAUUCUUAAAGAAUACCAAAAACAGUGAAAACCCAUAAAAUAUAACUAACAACAUACAUACAUAAACUAUAUGAAUAUUUGAAUUUAUGCAAUUACAUACAGCAUACAUUUAUCAUAUACAUAUAUAUAAACGAACCUACAUUUACAAAAAAUGUAAUUGUUGUUGAUUCUUUUUGAAAGAAAAAAAAAAGAAGAAAAACUUUGAACAGUAAUGAAAAAACAAAACGUAUUGAAACGAACGACUAAACAAUCCUAUUUGAGAUAUCCUAACAUAAAGUAAAAAGUUUUAGAUACAACAAAUAUAUAUUGGAAAGAAAUUAAAAUAACGUAUUCUUUAGUAGCAAUUAGGCAAACAAAAUUAGUCCGAAAAUUUAUUUACUUAUACUUUCCGGGAGUUAUUUUAAUAAUUUGUUUAAAGGUGGAUAUUUUUCUUAAGCCCUAAUGACAUAAUUAUGUUUUUACAUUAACGGGGAAAAUGCUAGAUUGCAGACAAAAGCGUUGGAUAUAUCACGCUUUGUCUCGGAAGCUUUGGAAGUACGUUACCUAACUAUAAUAAAAAUAUUUCAAUAAAGAGAAUAAUUGAUUCAAACCUUCUGGAUCCGUCCGACUCUUUGUUAAAAUCGCCAUAGAUUCACAAUAUAUACUACCAACAUUUUCCAAACGCAACUUAAAAAAUGAAAAACAGCAGUCGCUCAACUCAGAGUCUUCGGAUACACUGGGUUUUUAAUGGAUCAUCUAGGUCGUUUCCAUUAAAGUUGAUUUGGUCAGUAUGGUCUCAAUUAAUACAAUACUUCUAAUUUUAUAGUGUUGUUGUAGACUUUACGCAAAACUACAGGGUGAGAUAAAAAAACUGCAACAAAGUCAAACGCCAUAAUUUUUAAUUUUUUUUUAAUCGUUUGAAUGAAAGCAAAAAGCAAAAGAAACGGAUUGGUAUCCGGAGAUUUUAGUGACCAUUGUGCGAUGGAAACGAAACGAGGAAUCUCAUUCUGUAACCGUUCUCGGGUGGCGCGUGCUGAGUCCUGUUGGAAUUUCCAAGGUCUGCCUCCAAUAUGUUUGGUCAUUUUGUUUGUUUACAAACUGCUGGACAACGAAUGUUUUCUCAUCGAAGAAAAUCAAAUUCGGCACUUCACCACUUUCGGCCAAGCGAAGCAACUCUUUAGCUCUUUUGAUUCUAUUUUCUUUCUGUUGCGGUGAAAGUUCUUGCACCUUUUUGGAAUUUCAAUUGCUUUACCCCGAGCCCAUAUGUUCAGCUCACGAGCCAUUUUUCGACCACUGCGACGCGGGUUUCGAUCAAGUCGCUUCUUCACUUUUCGAACCAUAUCUGCUGAUGUUGUUGUUUUCUUCCAUCCACUUCUUUGCCGUCGGGCUACGCUACCAGUAUCACGGUAACGAGCGAUGGUGCUCUAAUGAUAGGCACUUAUGGUUUUCCAGCCAAAAUAUAAAGAAAUCACGUGAUAGUGUGAUUUCAUCACGAAAAACUUUUCUGGAAAAUUCUCACCAAAAUGCUUUUGUACGCUUGUAAACAAUACAAUGAGCUGUCACUAGAAUAAUUUUAACAGCUGUCGGACAAGUGACUUAGAAAUGACAGCAGUCUGAAUUUGGUUGCUGUUUUUCAUCUCACCCUGUAUAAAGCAACAAGAAAGGGAAAUGAACAAUAUAAAAAAGAUUAAACAUUUUUCUAGCGGUCUCUUUGGAAAUAUUUUCUCAGUAGAGGUAACAUCGUUGAAACAAAUCAUUGACAAUUCCAAUUUUGUUUAGCUGAAUUUUCUUGAAAAAGUGACUUUUUAAGAAUGUUAGAAAUCAUUGGUAGAAUGUAUGUUUGUAAGAUUUCAAAGACGUCGAUAACGAAAUGGAUUUUUUAAAAUAUGGCUCCCAAAAGAACACCUCUAUAUUCCACAACCUGUUCUUAAUUUUAAUAUAAAAAUAUUGAAAAAUCAGAACUUAAUUCCAUUUAUUCAUUCAUUUUCGCUGUCAUUCUGAAUUCAUAAAAAGGGAAUACAAAAAUUGUUUUUAUUAAUUUGACACUACCGUAAAAGCAUUUUAAAUGAUUAUGAAAAAAUACUUUUUUAUAUAAAAUUAAAAUAUAUAAUUAAAUAAAAUAUAUAUUAAUAUUUAUCUUACGAACUCCUAACAAAAUUCUUUUAACAACUACUGCAAAUUAAAACCAUUUCACUAUAAUGGGGCAAUAUAGUUUAUACAUGUUCCCAAGUACUAAAUUUAAACUUCAAAAGUGAAAAAUAUAUGAAUAGCACACAGUUCAAAGAACUGAAAUAAAAAAUAAAUUAAUAAAUAAAUAAAUAAAAAUAACAUAAACGGUGUUUUUAAAUAAACUAUUUUCAUAGAUUAUUUAAAAAUUCUGUUCCAUUAAAAUUUAAAAAAUAUACACAGCAAUUUCCAUGUACCUAUUCAAAUAAAAAAGUACUCUCAAAAUCAUGAAAAAUAUGUAAACCUCGAUUUAAAAAAAUCAAGUAUUUCAAAUUCAAAUAUCCCUAAUAAGAACCAUAAACAAUAUAAUAUAUAUUUUAUAAGUCAAUUAUUACCCUCUUUCCCAAUAAGAAACCAUUUAAGAUCACAUGAAAUCCAAUACAAAAUAAAACAAAAAUAAUAUUCAGUCAUUUAUGCCCAAAUAAAAUCUGAAAAUCAAACGCAAAUGGAAAGAAAAUUAAAAUUCCCCUAAACUAAAACCAUUAAGGGUUCUUGUAGAAUAGAAAACCCAUGGCAAUUACAUAAUAAAAUGCAAAAAAACAACGAUUAAAUAAAAUAUUUUUUUAGUUUUAAAAUUCCUUGAAUAUGUACAAAACUACAUACAUAUAUUUAUAGUAUCAACAAAUAUUAUCAUUAUAUACAUAUAUAUUUAUAUUCACAAACAAUCAGUUUAAUUUAAUUUCAUAUAUACCGGGUGUCCGAAAAUGUAUGUUUUAAAAAUGAAAGCAUCCUUAAUAUGCUGCUCACUGAAUUAAAAAUGAUACGUGUAUUGAUAUUCCCCUUCACAUCAGGACACCGUGUAUGUAAGCUAAAAAACGUUUUAUAUAGCAUAAAAUAUUGUUGUUGAAUAUGAUUUUGAAAAUAAAUAUUAUUUCCCGACAAAUAUUUUCUUUGAACACAAAGGUGCUAUAUAAACACAUAAUUUAUGUAUAUUAUUUUAUUUACAUUUAGUAUACAAAAAAUACACAAAAACAAGCCACCAUAAAAUAAUAGUCAUACAUAUAUUGUACACAUAGAAGGAGCUAUGAUUCCCUUUUAUUUUAUUUUGUUUGCCUUAUUUUAUUUUUGUUUUUUUAGAAGAAAAAAAAAAAAACAAACAAAAAACACACCCAUUUUGCCUUAUUUCAAAAAAAUAAUAAUUAUUUAAUAAUUUGUGUAAAACUUUGUUUUUAAUCUUUAAUUAUUUUUAACAUAAACAAAACGUUAAAUAUUAUUUUAAGUAUGAAAUAAACAGCAACCCUAAAUAUUAUCCAUAUAUAAAUAUAUAUAAAGACAUAAUCAUAUACUUAUAAUAUAAAUAUAAAAUGAAUAAUAACAAGAACAACAACGUUAUUCUAAAAUCCACAACAAGAAAAAAAUAACUAUGAAUAUUGUAUAUUAUAAAAAACAACAAAUACAAAAUAUUGUACGUUAAAUCAUAUUACAUUAUUAUUACAUACUAUACUACAUACAUACUAUUAUUAUACCAUUACAAAGAGACAAAACAUAAAAAACACACACACAUAAAAAUAUACUACAUAUUGUAAGUUAUUAUUAAAAACAAAAUAUAAGAAAAGAGAAAUGUUAUCAAAUAAAAUAAAAAAUAGUUGAAAAGUAUAA